UCCCCCGGUGAAAAAUCUGUCUAUGUUUAUUACAUUCAAUAGAUUGCUGGUUUGUUACCAAUUCUGAUUAUCGUUGUUGUAUAUCAAAUCACAGAUCAAAUGAAGUAGCUCACUCAGGAAUGGCGGGUUAUGGGUAAAUUAAGACGUGCAGAGUACUCAACUAAGUUAGCAUAUCGUUUAUCAAUCAUCAUGUGUGCAAAAAAAUAGGUGGAUAUUUUUUCCAUUUAAAUGAAGAGUAACUUAGGAUCUCGUUUCAAAUAAUUCGAUUUAGAAGUACUUUUCAGAGUGCUCUCAGAACGUAGAUUAGGACGAAGGUGUACAACCUAACUACCGCAUUUAAAUAGUGACGAUCACGAGUCCUCCUAGCAUAAAAAGGGCGUGAAGUGCUGCUAUUUACCCGAUUGGACAGUAAUGGACACGUGGCCUGGAGCAUUCCCCCAAAUCACAUUGGUGAAACGCUUUCUUUUCUUUUCUGAUUGGACAGGGAAGGUCACGUGCUCUAAUGCGUACCCCCACCUCACAUUGGCGAAGUGUUUACAACAGUUACUUAGAUGAUUGGACUGUGAUGGACACGUGGUCAGUUUUUCUGGAGUUAUUUGAUUGGACAAUAGGAAUCACGUGCUUUGACGUGUUCCCCCAAAUCGCAUUGCGAGAUCUUGUUUCGCCUGUGACACGCGAGUUGGAAGACAAGUGAGUUUGGUCUUGUCCUGUGGGCGAGGUACUACUAGAAAUUGAACCAUGUCAGGUCACGGGCACGGACAUGGUGGUCACGGAUGCACCUGCGAAGGGGAACACGAACCAGCCGAGCGGGGUUUAGAGUACGGGCUGUACCGGCGCAUUGACAUCGAGAAACUGGAGUGCCUGAACGAGAGCCGAGACGGUGACGGCAAACUUGUGUUCAAGCCUUGGGAUCAGCGCACAGACCGGGAGAAGUUUGUGGAGAGUGAUGCUGAUGAGGAACUUCUGUUCAAUAUUCCGUUCACAGGCAGUGUUAAAUUGAAAGGCAUCAUUAUUGCUGGAGACGACGACGACACUCACCCUGCUGAGAUGAGAUUGUUUAAGAACAUCCCACAUAUGUCGUUUGACGACACGAGCAAAGAACCAGAUCAAGCGUUCCGACUGAACAGAGACCCGCAGGCCGAACUGGAAUACCCGACCAAGAUUGCACGAUUCUCCAAUGUCAACCACCUGUCCAUCCACUUGUCACGGAACUUUGGUGGGGAGUCCACGCGACUUUUCUACAUUGGGCUCCGAGGGGAGUUUAUGGAGGCUCACAGACAUGAGGUGACGAUCUGUAACUAUGAGGCAGCUGCAAACCCUGCAGAUCACAAGGUGGAAACAAUCACUCCACAGACUCAGUUCAUCUCCUGAGGAGGUGACGAAGAAUGAAGAAAGGAGUGCGAGAAAAUGCUCAAGGUGCUGUGCUUGCUGGAGUGGAGAAAAUCUGAAAGAUGGAAACUUUCGCAUGAAGCAGGAUGACGGGCUGGCAGACAAGUUGACAGUGGGCCGAGUUCGUACAGUUCUGUCCCACGCGUGUGGGCUGGCUAUUCGCUCAGCAAUGAGUUGCUGUAUUAUUUACAAUAAAGUGUGGUUGCUUGAAGCUUU